ACAGUGUCCUUGAUGUCGUCAGAUACACAUAACAGAGGCGUCUAAUGCACUGCAGCUUUUCACGUACACGACUUACUGAAAGGGAAAAACAUUUAAUUAGGACGUGGAAACGUGUUGUUUAAGAAAACUAUCAGCCGGUCUGGCCACCUAAGGCCGAUUUGCCAAUGCACCCUCCCGUAAGACACGCGCGGAAGUUUUCUUGUUCGCUCUGCGGCUUCUCCUCUCCUUUUCCUUCCUUCCGCCCUCCCUCUCCCUGUUUCUCUCUUUCUUUCAUUUCCCCGGCCUGUCUCUCUCACUCACUCACUCACUCACUCACUCACUCUGGGCUGCGCUCCUUCCUUCCCCUGCCUCACUUUUCUCCUCCAGUUUUGCUUCCUGCAGCUCCAUCCAUAAUGAAUGCGUGGUGACAUCAGCAGAGCUUGGCGAGGGCGUCCUAAUCUGAUUGCGCGGGGAGCCUCCAGUGCCGCAGCGGCGCGCAAAGCAGAGCGGAGCUCAGCUCACUGUGCGUCGGACGCCGCUUCUCCCUCAGUGCCUGCAUGACUGUCACAAAGAUGUCAUGGCGCCCUCAGUACCGGUGCUCCAAGUUUCGAAAUGUCUAUGGCAAGGUAGCUAACAGAGAGCACUGCUUUGAUGGAAUUCCCAUUACCAGGAAUGUUCAUGACAACCAUUUCUGCGCAGUCAAUGGCAAGUACCUUGCCAUAGUAACAGAGAGCUCCGGCGGUGGCUCGUUUCUUGUCAUCCCACUGGAACAAACAGGAAGGGUUGAUCCCCACUUCCCAAAGGUCUGUGGUCAUCAAGGCAAUGUCCUGGAUAUCAAGUGGAAUCCAUUCAUCGAUAACAUCAUAGCUUCAUGUUCUGAGGACACCUCUGUAAGAAUCUGGGAGAUUCCCGAGGGUGGACUAAAGCGAAACAUGACAGAAGCAGUACUGGAACUAUAUGCACACAGCCGGCGUGUUGGCAUUAUAGAAUGGCAUCCCACUAGUAACAACAUUCUGUUCAGUGCUGGAUAUGACUACAAGAUCAUCAUAUGGAACCUGGACAUUGGUGAACCAGUCAAAAUGAUCGACUGUCACUCAGAUGUCAUCCUUUGCAUGUCAUUUAACACAGACGGCAGCCUCCUAACCACUACUUGCAAAGACAGGAAGCUGCGGGUUAUUGAGCCAAGGUCUGGUCAAGUGCUGCAGGAGGCAAACUGUAAAAACCACAAGGUAAACAGAGUGGUGUUUUUGGGGAACGUGAAGAGACUGUUGACCACUGGUGUAUCUCGAUGGAAUACAAGACAGAUAGCCCUCUGGGACCAGGAGGACCUCUCCAUGCCAUUAAUUGAGGAAGAGAUUGAUGGACUCUCUGGACUGCUCUUUCCCUUCUAUGAUCCAGACACCCACAUGCUGUACCUGGCUGGCAAGGGCGAUGGAAACAUCCGAUACUAUGAAAUCAGUAAUGAGAAGCCAUACUUGCAGUACCUGAUGGAGUUCCGCUCACCUGCCCCCCAAAAGGGACUGGGAGUCAUGCCAAAGCAUGGAUUAGAUGUUUCUGCCUGUGAAGUGUUUCGCUUUUACAAGCUGGUUACCCUGAAAGGGGUAAUUGAGCCCAUUUCUAUGAUUGUGCCUCGGCGGUCAGAAACUUACCAGGAAGACAUCUACCCAAUGACGGCAGGAAACGAGCCAGCGCUCACAGCAACUGAGUGGCUGAGUGGCACGAACAGGGAUCCCAUCCUCAUAUCCUUGAAGGAGGGGUAUAAAGCCCCAUCAACACUUGUGUUUAAAGCACCAGUUAAAGAGAAGAAGGGUGUUGUGGUUAAUGGAAUUGAUCUCCUAGAAAAUGUGCCUCCUAGAACUGAGAAUGAGCUGCUGCGCAUGUUUUUCCGACAGCAGGAUGAGCUGCGCAGACUCAAAGAUGAACUUGCACAAAAGGACAUUAAAAUCCGCCAGCUGGAGCUUGAGCUGAGAAACCUGAGGAACUUGCCUAAAAAUGUGUGACUCGCCUCUCUGUGGGUCCUGCUUCCAUCCAGUAACUUCUCUUGUAUGAAAACAUUUUAUUUACAAGGAUGGAAGGCUCCUGCUUUCAACCUUGUGCUACUCUACACAAAACAGUGCAGUGCCCAUGCAAGCCAGGACCGUCACAGUACUGCCAAAGGACAAAUGCAGCUGUUCUCCCUGCUCCCCACUCAGUGAUGGAGCCCCUGGUUGCUGACAGGGUGGCCAUCAUGGCAGUGCUCCAUCUUGCCCUGUCAGGUACACAUCAUGCUGUCCUGACCGCCUGUGUCUGUGUGAAAAGGCACAUCAAAACACUGGGGACGUGAAGCCAGAAGCUAUUCUGUUACUGCAGUGAGUUUGAGUGUAUGUAAGUAUAUGUAUGUGUGUGUGCGGGCAAGUAUGCAAGCAUGUGUGCCUGUAUCACCGCCGCUCAACCGAGGCUGGGCACACUACGAUAUCUGAAGUCAGAGAAGCCCCCAGCGUUGGUGAGAUCUUUUAGCCCUUUCCUCCUAAGCAUUGUGACACAAUUGAUAUCAUCAUAAGUCACUUUCCGCAGCAGUAGGUAAGAGUACCCGGGCACCAGUAACACUGUGCAGCAAUCAUGAUGUGGCACUUUCGGUCUGGAAGGGGUUGUGAUAAAUUUGACACAUUGGUAAAUGGCAAUCGAUGACUUACAUAUUCCAUUUUAUUACCUUUACUCAUGAUGUUAAGAUUCCAUCCAGUCAUAAAAAAGUGUGAUAAUGAAGUCAGGGUGAAAUUGUUGAGUGUCUGCUCAGUCUUGACGGCAUCCACUACAGGACACACACUUUACUGUUGGUUAUGCCUGGUAGAUUGUGGGGUGUUGGACAGGCGGAUGGUAAAUGCCAAGUGCAGAAUGGUAUUUGAUUAUGGAACCAAUAACAACAGAUGGGCAACUCUGAGAAAAGCUCAAACAGGCUGAAAUCUGUACACGAGCAAAUGCAAAUAAAAAUACGGCAAAGCAAAGGUGGCAAGAGCAAGAGGCAGUACAGCCAGACUGGCAAGUAGAAUGAAGCUCCUUUAAAUACACGUCGGGUCUGGACAGUGAGGUGUGAAUGCAGACACUUAGCAACAGGAGACACUGCUGGGGAAAUGGGGCCCUGGUUAUCAAACAUGAAGUCAAGGAGAAUUUACACCGCUUUCCUUUUCAAAAAUACAUUUUUUUUUGCUUUUGUGACAUCAGUGGGUCCCCGUAAAACAGCACUGUGAUUCCAAACAGCUCUUUUGUGUACGCCAUGUAAAGUAACAUUUUACCUAGUCUACUUUUAACAUUAAUGAUGGCCAUUUUAAUACACUUCACUGAUUCAAUUCUUUUGAACUACCCGUUUAUGUGAAUCGAUUCUUCUGAAUUCUGCAUUCAUUUGAUUUGUUUCAUUCAUGUAUACAGUAGGAUUACAAGCUGAUGCAUAUGUGAUGUUCAGGAUUGGGGGGUUGCCUCUGCUUGCACCAAAAAUGUAAUCAUUUGUAUAUUAUUUUGUGUGGAUAUAACUUAAGUAAAUUAACGUAGACCUCAGCGUUAACAUUUGCAGUACACCACAUAUGCCAUUUCGUAUAUGGAUUUUGUAAAAACAGUGCUAUUGUUUUUGGUGCGCCAUCUGCUGGAAUGACAAAUGCAAUACAUUUUUUUUUUUACAAAAAAAAAGAUGUUUGAGGUGCCAUCGUGUGGAAUGACCGAGACAUAGCAACUGGAUGGACACACAGACGCUUACCCUUUUAUUAAAGUGGAUGAUAUAUAUAUAGAAUUAUUUAUUUAACAUGAUUCUGUUUCAAGACAGAAAGCAUAACACUUUUAAGAUACAUAAUUAAAAUAAGACAUUAUGUUACAGAAUUACAAGUGAAUGAGAAUUGUGCAACUUGUUCUCAGGUACUAAUUCACUUCCAGAAUCAAAUGAAUGAUAAAUCGUGAUUAGAGUCGUUCGCAAGUCAAAUAAAUGAGAAUUGUACGACUC